AUGACUGAAAACGCAACCGAAUCCAAGAUCGAGAUCCCCGUCAUAGACAUCUCCGGAUAUCUACAAAAUGAUAAAACAAAGACCAGAGAGAUAGUUGCAGCUCUUCAAUCCGCCUGCAAGAACCCCGGCUUCUUCCAAAUAACCGGGCACUCAGUAUCCGCUGAUCUCCCAGCGCUCCAAAGUCUGCAAGGAUUCUUCAGCCUACCCCAAGACGUGAAGAAGCAGGUACACAGGAGCAAAUCCAAAUGUUUACGAGGGUAUGAAGUUGUAGGCGAACAGAAGCUCGAAGCCGCGAUGGGCGGGGACCAGAAAGAAGGCUUCAUGAUCGGCCCUGAACUACCCCCUGGGCGAUUCUUGCAAGGUCCGAACCAGUGGCUUGAGGAAAGUAUCUGUCCUAGAUUCCGGGAGACUUUUAUGCGAUACUUUAACGAAGUGCACCAGUUGAGCAAGUCGGUGUUUCGACUGCUUGCGCUGAGUUUGGAGCUGGAGGAGAUGUACUUUGAUGACUUUGUUGCGAGUAGAGAUUCCAUCACGAUGUGUAGAGCGCAUCGGUACCCGCCUACUACGAAGGAGAUGGCCACCAGAACAAGAGGGAUAGGAGCCCAUACUGACUUUGGGGCGCUGACUCUCCUACUUCAAGACGAGGUUGGGGGACUGGAGGUAUAUUACGAACCAGAGGACAAAUGGUGUCCGGUGAAAUACAUCCCCGAUGCCUACGUUGUGAAUAUCGGCGAUAUGAUGGAACGGUGGACGAACAACCGCUACAAAUCAACCCGCCACCGUGUUAUCUCGCCGGUUUCGGGUAAAGAUCGAUACAGCAUUGCUUUCUUUAACGAAGGAUUGCUGGACCAGGUUCUUGAAUGUAUCCCAACCUGCAUUGAAGAGGGAGAGAGACCACUGCAUGAGUCUAUUACGGUGGAGACGCAUCUGCGUGAUCGCUACGGAGGGACAUAUUAG